AACGGAUGCGCUCACCGAGACACCAUUGUGUUCACUCAUAUUUUACAGAAUUUAAUAUUCCUGGAAAAUGUUUUUUAGUCUAAAAAUGGAGCCUGGGAACACCUACGUUGGCUGGACUCAGAAUGAUCUGCACCUAUCGGGUGUGGCCUUCGAGAAGGGCGAUAUUGCCAAAAUUUACGUAAAGUACCAAAAGAAAAUGUCCAUUUUGGGCACUGUGUCGCAAGUGAUUCCCCAGGCGUUGCUGAACUUGGACAUUAGCGGAGGCGAACAGAUUACGUUUACCGCCAAAGGCAAUGCCACGGUUUCUUUAUUGGGCUACUGGAGCGAUGAUGAUUACAGUUACAUGAUGCGAGCGUACGAUAACGAAGAGCCGUUCAAGUUCAAGGUUGUCAAGGCAUCACCCAAAGCUAAUGCCAAGAAAGUUAGCAAGAAGCAGAAUGGCGUCGCUGCUAAGAAGGAGGAGAAGGACUAUGAUAAAGAGAACCUGUCACUUCUGGGAAAUGUAGAUAAAGACGUGAGUGGUGAAGAAGUCUCCGCUUUGAUGACUAAACUAAACAAAACUAAAGCAGACUAACAAGCUCAAAUAGCUCUUUUUAUUCGAUCAUUUUGAAGAAUAUCUUGUAGCAGUUUUGCAAGGAAGCACACAAUUUUUAAUUUACAGCCCAAAAAGCUAUUAAAGAAGUAAUUGAAAGACA